CAGGGCGGGGGAGGGAAAGAAGGAAAGAAGAGGGGGCAUGCCACUGACUGAGAUGAAACACUGAGAAACACACGGGGCACGAAGUCAGAGAGGAAUGUUGUAGAGUGACUUCUGUAGACUCAACGAAGAUUUCACAAACCAAAUUCGUGAGGUAACAACAAGAAGGAUCAAAUGGCGGGCAAGAAGAAUUCUCCAGCGGAAUGGGACGUAAUCGAGCUCGAGAACUUUGUGAGGGCUCCGUUCAGAUCCGGAGGAACCAAAGUAUUUGACGAUGAGGGGAACUUGCAAUAUCUUCCUGGCCCUCAGAAAAUCCCUAUGACUCGAGGACGACAAGAAAUCUACAUGCAUGGAAAAAACAUAGGGAAUGAUGGUGCCAAGCUAGUCGCAAAUGAAUUGAAGAAGAACACGGAUUGCUUGUCUCUGUGGUUACACAAUAAUGGCAUCAGAAAGGAAGGAGCUACUGAGCUUGCAAAAGCACUACAAUUCAACACUACCUUGACAGUACUUGAUCUUCAUGAAAACGAUAUAGGCAAUGAGGGAGCAUCAUCAUUGGGAAAAUAUCUGAAAGAAAACACAACUUUGAAGAAACUGAACCUAUCGGGCAAUGGAAUAGGGCCAACACUACCGCGAUCACUAGCGAAACAUCCAACAUUGAACUGCCUAUGCUUUGAGGUUGUGACUCCUCCAUCUCUGGUCCUACAUGACCCCUGGACCACAAGCGUAUCGCAGCUGAGCAUCAAGAAAGCCAAGAUGAAGGAGAUGGAAUUUCGAUGGGAGCCGGGGAGCAAAUAUGGAAUUACAGGAGUGACGCACCUGCAGGACCCUUGGCAAAGAACUCUUGCUCCAACCUUGUUUCCAGGUCUCACCCCGAUCCCAAAGGGUCUCUCUGGCGUCUCUCGAGACGACCCAGAAUUCGAUCCGAGUUGGAAAUAUAGAUCAGUUGAUGACCUAGAAUGAUGAAACCUUCUGUAAACAACUUCUUCUAAUGAAUAUGAUCUGGUG